AGAGACAGAGAGAGACAACGAUUCCAGACUCGGUGGGAGACGCAAGGCAAAUCUAAGGUGUGAGGCGCGCUCCGGGAGGAGACGAUGAGGCCCACCUGUCCGCCGCUCGUCCUGCUUUUCCUGCUGGAGGGGGCAUCUCACGCACUCUUCCCCGAAGAGCCUGGUCCCAUCAGUGUGGCCCUUGACGACUAUGUGAGGCAUUACCCGGUCUUCGUGGGCAACGGGAUGGGACGAUUUUCCAGCCAAGAUGGCGGCGCAGAGCGCCUCAGGAUCCAACGGAUGCUGACGUUCAACAGGACUUUGUACAUAGGAGACAGGGACAACUUGUACCGCAUAAGCCUUGAACCCGAGGCUUCAGCCGGUGAAAUGCGCUACCAUCAGAAACUGACAUGGAGGUCGAAUCAACACGAUAUCAACAUCUGCCGGAUGAAAGGAAAACACGAGGCAGAGUGCCGGAAUUUUAUCAAAGUGCUUCUCCUCCGCAACGACAACCUGCUCUUCGUCUGCGGCACCAACGCUUUCAACCCCAUCUGCGCCAACUACACCAUGGACACGUUGGAGCCCACGGGAGACAACAUCAGUGGGAUGGCUCGAUGCCCCUAUGACCCCAAGCACGCCAACGUCGCUCUCUUCACAGGUGGGAUGCUUUUCACUGCAACCGUGACGGAUUUCCUGGCCAUCGACGCAGUAAUUUACCGCAGCCUGGGAGACAGCCCGACUCUUCGCACAGUCAAGCACGACUCCAAGUGGUUCAAAGAACCAUAUUUCGUCCGCGCCGUGGAGUGGAAGAGCCACGUCUACUUCUUCUUCAGGGAGAUCGCGAUGGAGUUCAACUACUUAGAGAAGGUGGUGGUGUCUCGGGUGGCCAGAGUUUGCAAAAACGACAUGGGUGGCUCUCAGCGGGUGCUGGAGAAGCAGUGGACCUCCUUCCUCAAGGCCCGCCUCAACUGUUCCGUCCCGGGGGACUCCCAUUUCUACUUCAAUGUCAUCCAGUCUGUCACGGACAUCCUAGAGAUAGAUGGCCGGCCGGUCGUGCUCGCCGUCUUUUCCACGCCUGCCAACAGCAUCCCAGGCUCUGCCGUGUGUGCCUUUGACAUGGCCCAAAUAGCCUCCGUCUUCGAGGGGCGCUUCCGCGAGCAGAAAUCCCCCGAAUCUGUUUGGACCCCUGUGCCAGAGGAACUGGUGCCAAAACCACGGCCGGGAUGUUGCGCAGCUCCGGGGAUGCGCUACAAUUCCUCGAGCUUCUUCCCGGACGAGAUCCUCAAUUUUGUCAAGACGCAUCCGUUGAUGGAUGAGUCGGUCCCGUCGCUGGGUAACGCGCCCUGGAUCAUCCGGACCAUGACCCGGUAUCAGCUGCGCAAGAUUGUGGUGGACCCCACAGCAGGGCCCGGCAGGAACCACACCGUGGUGUUCCUGGCCUCCGACACGGGCACCGUCUUCAAGUUCCUCGUCCACACCAAUGUCAGCGCCAGCUCCGCGACCGUAAGAGCCAGCAGCCAGAGUUUGCUGCUGGAGGAGUUCGAGACCUACCCCAGCGACAAGUGCGGAAAAGACAAUGCAGGUGAACGGAAACUUCUGGGCAUGGAAAUGGACAAGGCCACAGGGUCCCUGCUGCUGGCCUUCCCGCCCUGCGUGGUGCGUGCCCCCGUGGCCCGAUGUCACCAGCACUCCGGUUGCAUAAAAAACUGCCUGGGCAGCCGUGAUCCAUACUGCGGCUGGACACCAGAAGGCUCCUGUAUUUUCCUGGAACAGAGCACAAGGGUCGCGUUCGAGCAGGACAUCCUCGGAGGCAAGACCUCUCACCUUGGCGACUGUGAAGGGUUGUUGACGGAGAGCUUUGUGGACGAGCCGGACGGCCUGGUCUCGGUGAACCUGCUGGUGAUCUCCUCCGUAGCGGCCUUCGUCAUCGGAGCCGUGAUCUCGGGCUUCAGCGUCUGCUGGUUCAUCGGGCACCGAGACCGCAAGGAGCUGGCCCGGCGAAAGGACAAGGAGAACAUCCUGUCUCACAGCGAGUCGGUGGUGAGCGUCAGCCGGCUGGGCGAGCGCCGAUCCCGGGGUGGCCCCGGCGGGCAGCCCGAGAACCUGCUGGCCCCGCUGAUGCAGAACGGGUGGCCCAAGGGGCUGGUGAAGGUCAGCCAGCACGACCUGGAUUCCGGGGUGCUGCCCACCCCGGAGCAGACCCCCUUGCAGCAGAAGCGCUGCCCCAAGCCCUGCACCUGGGAGUACAGCCACAAUCUCAUUAACGCCUCCUUGCGCAGCGGGGAACCGCCCUCCUCGGUCAUCCUCUUCCACGCCGGCCACACCGCCGUGCCCCCGCACCACCUCGGCUCGGGCCGCGUCAUCCCCAUCUCCUGCCACUCCAUGCUGAUGGACCAAGAGCUGGAGAACGAGGCCGGCGACCUCUCACUAGACAUGCGGUACUUGCCGGUCGGCGCCGGAGAGGGGGCACGGGUGGCCCAGCAACAACAACAGCAACAACACCAAGCGCCGGCCACACACCGGCCGAGCGGGACUCGGAGCUCUUACGGCGGAGAGCUUCCCAUCACGCCGCACGGCAGCCCCGAGCGGCGGCGGGUGGUGUCGGCCCCCGGAGGGGAGACGGGGGACCCCGCCCCGUGGAACCCCGAGAAGCUGAACUCGAAUAGUAACAAUGCGGCCAGCAGGGCGAGCGCGCAACUCAAGCGCACCCACACUUUCAACAGCGGGGAAGGGCCGGCGGCCUACGCCCGGGCGGCGGCGCGGGGACCCACAUUGGGCGCCCAGCACACCUUGACGGACUUCAGCCACCUCCUGAAAUACAGCGGCGUGGAGCGGACUGCCUCCUCCGUCAAAUAGGGGGACCGGCCCAGGGGGCGUGGCUUGGCUUGGCGGCCUCCCUCCUUAGGAAAGGGGGCGGGGUUUCGCAGCACGGAGGAAGAGCGCAUCGGGAAAAGGACAACGCGAGACCCUGGGUCCCACCUGAGGAGGGGCAGAGGGGGGAGGAGAAGGACCUGUGCUCCCCCCCCCAUCCUCCCAGGCGUACGGAUUCUUGGAG